AUGUAUUUUAUUGCUCAGGCUUGCCUGAGAAGACAGGGGCAGAAUAGAGAACAGACUGAGAAGAAACGAGAGCAACAUGCCAGGCAAGAACAGCGACAGAAAACCCUAUCGUCCAUCUAUGCUACACGCAGUUAUGAAAGACCAUGGGUAUCAGGCAUACCAGUUGCCAGACAGACCUCUGCAGAUGGGGGUUCUGGGUCUGCCAUCAAGUCUUCUGCAAACAGAUCUGACUCAAAAUUUCCUGCUAUAGAAAAAACAUCAAGCAAGCAAAAGCAAAAACCUCCCAUGAGCUCCAGCAAAGUAACUCUAGCUGCCCAGAAGCAGUCAUUAUUAAGGAGGAAGAGAAUGAGCCAGGGAGGAUUGUUGGGAAGCCCAGACACACAGAAUAUGAGAAAAUUGGAAGAAAGAGACAGAGAGCCCUCGUUGCUGCAGGCAAAGGCACAAGUUAUCAGCAAGUCUGAUCUUGGAGUGACAAAUGAAACUACGCUCACGAACAAGAAGAGAUCUCAAGAGAGAAGGAAUUUAAUCCAUUCCUCUAAGCUAAAUCUCGAUCAUAAAGGUCUAGCCAAAGAUAGAAAAAUAGGAAGCAUUCUUCCACAGGCUCAGCAGUCUCCAAUUCUAUCAUAUGCAUCUACCUUACAGGGAGCUCAUGGUUCCUUUGUUUCAAAUGAGUCACAUGGUCCAUCUCUUAUACCCACUAAAAUGUCUCCUUUGAGGUUUAGAGAUGAAAACUUUUAUUCUCUGCGUUGCUUAAACAUGAAAGAUUCCUAUGAAGAAAAUGAUACUAAAGAGGAUAUAUUAGAGAAAGAAUUCCUUUCUUUAAAUCUAAAUCACUCUCCUACUCCUCUAGAACAAAACAGCAAAUUUAGUGGAAUAUCCUUGGCACAAGAUGAACAACGUAACUCUGAAGAAGCUGGAUACGAUAGAAGUAUUUCAUCAAGAAGAGUUGAAUCUUCUAAUGGACCAUUAAGACAACACAAUGUAAUGGACACAGCUGUUGAACAGUCUUCAUUAAGGCCAAGAAACUCUAGUGACUAUGGAAAGUCUUACACUCCAGAUGGGAAUUCUUCUGAAGGUGCUGAUUGCAAUAAAAAUGAAAAUGAAACUCCAUUAUUUAGCUCAAGAAGCUCACGAGCUGAAAGCAGACCAGGCAGCUCACCUAUUGCUGAGACUCUUAAUAACAUUAGCUCUAUAGAUAGGCCUAGUGUCAAUAUUUAUAACAGAGAAUUGCAAGCCUGUGAAAGCAAUCAAAGGCGUUAUACUGAUCUCCUUACUUCUGCAAGGUCAACAGUUCAUAGACCAUUAUUGUAUUCUGCAUAUAAUACGCCAAGAUCAUUAAUACAAUCUGCACCUAGAGCUGAAGUCUCAAAAGAUUUGAGCUUGACAACUGUAUCAUCUCAAGUAUUGGAUUUGGAUGGAAGUUCAAGGUUUAAUGUUCGUAGACCUUUGUCUCCUAUAAGAAGUAGAGAUUGUUUUUCUGCUGCAGAAAGUUAUGAAUCUUCAUCCCCUAUAGUCAGUACACCUGAAGAUAAUAGCCUACUGGAUGAUAGUAUAGAUAAUGGUUUAAAGAGCACAUCUCCAAAUGCUGCCUUACUUGAUGAAGAGAACUUACUAAAUUCACAUAGUUCUUUUUUAUCUAUAGAUUCUUCCAACCCAUCUUUGUUUCAAACAAAUUUCACAGCCCACCUUCACAUGGCUGGCACAUUACAUGAUCAAUUACCACUUGCUUUGCUGGCAGUGUCUGAAUUACAAAAUCAAAGUAGUGCUAUGAGCAGCAUGACAGCAUGUGAUACCACAAGUGCAAAGGAAAUAAACAAACAUGCAGACCCAGAGAAGCUUAAGAAACUGCAGGAAAGUCUACUGGCCGAAGACUCAGAAGAGGAAGGAGACCAAUGCCGAAUAUGUCAGAUUGCUGGGGGCUCUUUAACAAAUCCACUGGUAGAACCAUGUGGGUGCGUAGGAACCCUACAGUUUGUUCAUCAGGAAUGUCUAAAAACAUGGCUGAAAGCUAAGAUAAAAUCAGGUGCUGAACUGGGGGAAGUGAAAACCUGUGAACUGUGUAAGCAGAGCCUGAUAGCUGAUCUGGAUGAUUUUGAUGUGAAUGACUAUUACAGAAAUCACCAACAGUCUUGGGUACAAAGUAAGCUAAUGAAUUCAGGUCUCUACCUUGUGCUGCUCCUUCACCUUUAUGAACAGAGGUUUGCAGAACUCAUGCGACUAAACUACAACCAAGCCAGUAGAGACAGGCUCUCAAGACAGCCUAGAGCAGAGGAAAAUGAAAAUUCAGAGUCGGGGAACAAUGGAUAAGAGUGCUUACCAGAUUGUCCAAUGAGUUUAGAAUUUGGCAAAGAGGCUAUUAUAUUGAAUACCCGUCUCCAUGUGUUUUAUAUUCUUUUUUUUUGGGGGGGGGGGUCUUGUUUUACACCAAAUUAAAACAAGUGUGUACAUGUCACACGGUCCUUUUCAGGGGCUCUAUUACUGUCUUUAGAAGUGGAAACACCAAUUGAUAGUUACUUUAAAAUAACAUGGAACAAAGUAGCUAGUAGUGAAGAAAACAUGCCAUUUCUAUUGAUUAUAUCCUAAAACAGUUCACUAUAACAGAAAACAGAUGACUUGCAGGCACUGCGUGUUUUUGACUGGCCUUCUGUAACUUUUACAACCAGAAGCUACAGAAAUGCAUGCGGUUGCUUUAUUGUGUACUCUGGACCUAUACUACAUUUUCAUUCUGUAAUGCAGAGGUUUCUCCUGAUUAGAGCUUGGGUAUGUACAGUAAAGUUAAACAAUCAUAUAUACAGCUUACCUGGGAAUCUUCUAUAGCAUACUUGUAAAUUUAUUGAUUUACUAAAUGUGAUGACAAACCUAUUAGUGUAUUGUCUCCAGCUUGAGUGGGACAAACUUUCAGUAAAAUAAUUUUAUUUACCGCUUAACAUUAGUGUACACUAAUUUUUAAAGUACAAGAAAUACACAAGUUCUUUUCUUUUUGUGGGGAAGAGAACAGGUGCUGGAACUACGGGUGCUACCACACCCUCUGGCUUGAAGUGGUUUCCAUUAUAUACAGGGUUUACAGUUUGGUUAUAUGGCUCUUAGCAUCCCCACUAUACAAAUUGUUCCAGCACCCAUGGGGAGAAGGAUGAGGGAAGGAAAAACUCACAAUCCUGACUUGAACCAGAGGAAACAAUUGAUGUUGUAAGACAUCAAACCAUUAGUUUUAUCCACAGAAAGCAACUAGAACACUUAUCCAUCCAUUUGGUGUAUUGCUGUGUUGGUAAUAAAUGGCAUUUUGCAGCAUUUCCUGAAUAGUGGAACAUGAGGGGGUGGAGACUGAAUGCUUCGCAGAGUUAGAUGCUGUGUAAUCAGCCCGGAGCCCUCAGGAUUUCACACAACUUUGAACUGAUCGAUACAGAUUUGCUGUAGCUUUCCUUUCAGGCAAUGUUCAGAUCUGUAAAUGACUAAUUUCUCUUCGAUUUACAUGAUGGGUCUCCUCCUGCUCACAGGGUGCAUGUGGCCCCAGGGAGCACCCCACUUCUUUGGGACCCGCAGAGGCUAUUCUGUUGGUCUGGAGUUUACACAAGAAGGAGCAGACAAUUACACUGCCUUCCCCCUACUCUGGCCCCACAGACCUUAGGCAGAAAAGAGAAAAUAUAUGGACUAUAUUAUCUUUUUGAUGAAGCCUCAAUAACUCCUGGCAGGUCCUGUGGGCUGUAGGUGUAGGGGCUGAGGUCCCAGACUAUGCAGCUCCAUUAAAAUUGCAGAGCUGGGAACUGGGGGGUUCAGUUAAGAAGGGCCACAGUUGGAGCAGAGGCCUCUUUCUGGGGAUUGCCUCAGUUUGGGGGUUGGGCCAGAGUUCAUUCCAUGAGGCAAACCUCCAGCCCCAGACAGAACAACAGGAGAAGAAAUCCAGGAGGGAAUCCUCAUCGAGAUUUUCUCCAAAAGAGACCCAUCUCAUGGGUUUUACUGCAGGAGAUGGUCGACGUCUGAAGAAUUUUAUGGCAGUCCCUAAGACACA